CAGUCUCUCUGCUGUUGAUCUGGGUUGCAUUUUACAGGGUCAUCAUGUCAAAACGGAAAGUCACAUUUGAAGACCAAGGCGAUGAUGAUGAAGAGGAGAUGAUCCUCCCAAAGAAGAAGCUGGUGGAACCUGCUAUUGGAGGGCCAGGCAGCCGCUUUAAGGGCAAGCAUUCGUUGGACAGCGAUGAGGAAGAUGAGGAGGAAGAUGAAGGGCAGGGUAGUAAAUAUGACAUCCUUGCAUCAGACGAUGUGGAAGGGCAGGAAUCUGCCACUAUUGACUAUGAAGAUGGUAUCCGGAUCACCCCUUUCAAUUUGCAAGAGGAGAUGGAAGAAGGUCAUUUUGAUUCAGAAGGCAAUUAUUUCUUGAAAAAAGAGGCAGUGAUUCGGGACAAUUGGUUGGACAACAUAGAUUGGGUCAAGAUAAAGGAACAGCCUCCCGGUCAGAAGAAAUCACUCGAUUCUGCAGAUAAUGACGAAGAAGAUGAAGAUGAUGAAGAUCUUGAGGUGGGCCGGACACCUCUGGAGAAGAAGGAACUUCUGGAAAGGAUGGUAGACUUAAUGUUACCUGGUGAGACAGUAGCUAGAGCCAUUCAAAGGUUUGGAGACAAGGGUGGCCCGAAAAGUAGUGGACGUCAGCGGAAGCCCUGGACCCGCCUCAAAGUAGAUGAAGUUGAUCCAGCUGAGGAAGAUGAUCCCCAGAAGCCAGGGUCACCUGAGCGGAAAGAGCAGCUAGAACAGCUGUCAGGGCUGGCUGACCAAAUGGUGGCACGAGGAGUCUAUGAAAUCUAUCAGGAAACCCGGGAGAAGCUGGCUGUGAGACUCCGGGCGUUACAGCACCCUCCUGCAGCACCUUCCUCUGGUGAACCAGAACUCGACAUGUUUGCUGAGGAGAUCGACGAAGCCAAACUAGGAGAGAAGACAUCAUCAGGAAGUCAGACACGUGGGGAGAGUGAUGACAACAUACUCUCUGAGGUGAUGUGGGAAUAUAAGUGGGAAAACACAAACACAUCUGAACUUUACGGACCCUUCAGCAGCUCUCAGAUGCAGCCAACUCCAUCAACUUCUGCAACCAUUCGUCCAUAGUAGGAAUCAGACUGCUUUCGAACUUCAUGCGUGAUGUGGAAAAGAAUGAAACUUUGAUUUCGGGUUUUACCGAUUAGACUGAUAGAUCUUUACAGAAAUGGCUUGUUCAUAUUAUUAUGAAAAAGCAAAAAGUUGUGAUUUUUUUUAAAAUUUGAUUUAUAUGCCGCCCUUCUCCGGAGACUCAGGGCGGCUUACAAUGCAUUAAGCAAUACUUAAUACUUAAUACAUACUUUUGUAUAUUUAUACAAAGUCAGCUUAUUGCCCCCACAAACGGUCCUCAUUUGAUGUUAAUGCCUUAUUUUACUGUAACAGAGAGAGUCGGAAGUCAAUGCUUCUUUUUUUCUUCUUAUCUUUUUUCACUUCUCUUCCCCCUUCCCCCCUCCUACUGCUUUUCUAUUUACUUUUGUAUUUUGUAUUUUACAAUAUUUUAUAACUCAAUAAAACUGUUAAACUAGAAUCAGAAAUGAUGUGCAGCAUUCAGUUUCCUUGCAAUACCAGAUUUGAUGAUAAAUGAUCUUCUACUCCCUUAUUAGCAAAACGUGCAAUUAAUACGGUUUCAUUUCUUCUAAUAUGGUCCUAUCAAAUACCAUAUUGGCUGAGUGCGUUUUGGGAUGACCCUUUUGUUAACACUGCCAAUUAAGCGUGCCUCUUUGGUUGCCUCUUUUGUGAUAUUCCAUACCAGAUGGUUUUGUUUUCUUUCAUGAAUGAAGGCGAAUAUAUGUGUCCCAGGAUAAUGCUGCAGGAUCCAAUCUGGAUCGGCCACCAGGACCAGAGGUUUAGUCUUCCGAGCUUUCGGAUUCGUGCUGGAGCCUCAUCCUCAGGGAACUUCUUUCUAGCAGAGUCUGUUUUCUUUCCUUUUCUUCUUUUCCCUGCCAUCCUUCUCUCUUCC